UGAGGGGACUGUGGCAGGACCCACAGGGUUGGGGACAGGCUGGUGGCCCGUGUCGGGGCUGGGUGGCUUUGGCAGGUGGCUCUGCCCCGGGAAGGGGAGGAGGCUGGCGGCACUCCCAGCCCGGCCGGCAUCCCUCGCCGCCUCCCCGCGAUGCUCCAGUCCCGGCUCAGCCUGGCAGCAGCACAGGCAGGGAGGGCACCCCGGGCUGGGCGAGGACAUGGAGGAGGACAACCAGACAGAGACCUGGCACCAAAGCUUCCAGGCGGUGCUUAAUGCCUUGAACCAGACGCUACACGGGGUCAUCCUCUGCCCCAUUGAUCGCCCUGCUGCCACUGCCGUCACCACCCGCAACGCCAGCACCCGCGCUGGCCGUUCUGGCCGCAACGACAACGCCUACAUGUACAUCCUCUUCGUCAUGACGCUCUUUGCCGCCACGGUGGGGAGUCUCAUCCUGGGCUACACCCGCUCCCGCAAAGUGGACAAGCGCAGCGACCCGUACCACGUCUACAUCAAGAACAGGGUGUCCAUGAUCUGAGCCCAGCCCCGAUGCCUCGCCCCCUGCGAGCCGGUGGGUUUGGGGUCACGACGCUGCUGCGCAUCCUGCUGCUUGCGGGAUGGGGCGGCGCUGCUGGUCAGCCUGGCCCCAAAGGUGCUGGGAACCCCCCCGGGUGCCCCUGUGGGGGUGCUCAGCCCCGGUGUGAGCAGCACGGGGACCUCCUGGCUGGGCUACAGCUCCCAUCUGGUAGGAGCUGGCAGGGUGCGAUCCGCGGGCAGGUCCUGGUCCCACAAACCCACCUUGGCUGAGCCCCGGGGGGACGGGGAUGGCAGAGGCAGCUCCUUUCCCACCGUGGCCUGCCGAGGCUGGCACGGGCCUUCAAGGAGGAAAAUUCACCAUUUCCCUGCUCGGACCGGCCAGCGUUGACCUCCGUGGGCUCCCAUCAGCUUCGUGACACGGGCUAGCAGGCUUUUCUGGUGCUAAAACCCUGUAAUUUUUGAGCUGGGCUGGGCCCCGCUUUUCCAGCGGGGAAUUAAAGGAGGUGGCAGUUUCCAGUGGGGUCACGUUUGCUUCUUCUCCGAGCAAAGUCGGUGUUGGGGGUGAUCCGUGGGGUACAUCUCCGUGCCGGUGUCCUGCCCUGGCUGCUGGAGCCCAGGGGAUGCUGUAAGGGCUAAACCUGCUCCCUGUGUGCUGCCGACGGGGCAUCAAGGGCAACCCCACGCUGGCAUUGCAGCCCCCAGCACCGCAGCCCUUGUGAUGGGGCGAAUCCCCCACAAUGGAGCAAUUCCCCACCGGCAUCACGAGCUCCGUCCCAGGACACGAGAUGCUUUCUCCUUGCGGCUGGCCCAGGAGCAUCGCUCGAGCCACGGGCACCCGCUGCGAGCAUGGCCCGAGCCUGGCCAGAGGCAUCCGGCUCCACGUGUCCCCGAAGGUCUCUCCGGGCUCCGGACGGUGAUGCCGAAGUUUUUCCUGCUUCCUUCCUGCUGUCGGCUGUAGCUUUGGCCUUUUGUACCGCAGGUCCCAAAUGUGUUUUCCACGGGGCGAGGGCGCAGCGGCGGACGGGAAGGGGAUGUUCUCGGGUCCUGCUGGGCUCCUUGGCUUCAGCUCUGCUAUUAAGCUGGCUGGGUUUGGGACUGGCCCGUGAAGUGGCCGGUGUCCAGGACAGUAAACGUCCCCAUCCUUCAAAACAGGCUGUGGGGCAGCGCCGGUGACCCAGUCCUUCGCACGUCUUAACCUGUUAAUAAUGUCAUAAUUAAUGUCUUAAAUUGCAGCUAGAUUAGCUGUCCCAUAGGGGCCUUUCCGCCUGCAUUCAAAGGUUAAACACGGCUGCAAUGCCCGAGCCCAAACAGUGACACCAAACCCUAAUCCAAAAAAUAAUACUGGAUGUGAGCGUGUUUGGGGUAGGGCUGGAAACCUUGGCGCCGGGACGGCAGCAAUUCAGCCACCAAUUCCUGAUUUCCCAUGCCCUUGGCUUGGGCACAAAAGCCCAGGCAGGGGGUUUGGGGAGCCCUCGGGGGGCUGCCCGCUUUGGGGCUGAGCCCACUGUGAGUUCUGAGCCGGGCACGUGGUGCCGGUGGGGCUUUCCAGGGGCGUGGGGGCAAACGACACCAUCGUCCCCCAGCACCCGGCCCAAGCGGGAAGUAGCUGGAGAAGUUUCACCGUGUU